GCCCCCACCACCUUCAGAAUGACGCUGGACGUGGGGCCGGAGGAUGAGCUGCCCGACUGGGCCGCGGCCAAGGAGUUUUACCAGAAGUACGACCCUAAGGACGUCAUUGGCAGAGGAGUGAGCUCCGUGGUACGCCGUUGUGUUCAUCGAGCUACUGGCCAUGAGUUUGCGGUGAAGAUCAUGGAGGUGACAGCUGAGCGACUGAGUCCUGAACAGCUAGAGGAGGUGCGAGAAGCCACGCGGCGAGAGACGCACAUCCUUCGCCAGGUCGCCGGCCACCCCCACAUCAUCACUCUCAUCGAUUCCUACGAGUCUUCUAGCUUCAUGUUCCUGGUGUUUGACCUGAUGCGGAAGGGAGAGCUGUUUGACUAUCUCACAGAGAAGGUGGCCCUCUCAGAAAAGGAAACCAGGUCCAUCAUGAGGUCUCUGCUGGAAGCAGUGAGCUUUCUCCAUGCCAACAACAUUGUUCACCGAGACCUGAAGCCCGAGAAUAUUCUCCUAGAUGACAAUAUGCAGAUCCGACUUUCAGACUUUGGGUUCUCCUGCCACUUGGAACCUGGCGAGAAGCUUCGAGAGUUGUGUGGGACCCCAGGGUACCUAGCACCAGAGAUCCUUAAAUGCUCCAUGGAUGAAACCCACCCCGGCUACGGCAAGGAGGUCGACCUCUGGGCCUGUGGGGUGAUUUUGUUUACACUCCUGGCUGGCUCACCACCAUUCUGGCACCGACGCCAGAUCCUGAUGUUACGCAUGAUCAUGGAGGGCCAGUACCAGUUUAGUUCGCCCGAGUGGGAUGACCGUUCCAACACCGUCAAAGACCUGAUCUCAAAGCUGCUCCAGGUGGAUCCUGAGGAGCGCCUGACAGCUGAGCAAGCCCUCCAGCACCCCUUCUUUGAGCGCUGUGAAGGCAGCCAACCCUGGAACCUCACCCCCCGCCAGCGGUUCCGGGUGGCAGUGUGGACCGUGCUUGCUGCUGGACGAGUGGCCUUAAGCACCCAGCGUGUCCGGCCACUGACCAAGAGCGCACUGCUGAGGGACCCUUACGCGCUGCGGCCAGUGCGGCGCCUCAUCGACAGCUGCGCCUUCCGGCUCUAUGGGCACUGGGUGAAGAAAGGUGAGCAACAGAACCGAGCCGCCCUCUUCCAGCACCAGCCCCCUGGGCCUUUUCCCAUCCUGGGCCCUGAAGAGGAGGGGGAACCAGCUGCUAUCACCGAGGAGGACGCCAUGCUGGCACUGGGCUAGCACUUCGGCCCUGGGGAACCCCACAGUGCAGGACUCUCCAGGAGGAGGAUUUUUAUCAUUCCAGCCCUUCUGGGCUUUGGCCUCAGGCCCCCCCAGCCUGGCCAGGCCCACCACUGCUCAUACUACCAUAACGACCAGCCGUGUACACCUGUCCCCACCAGCCAAGACUUUGGGAUCAGAGCUGAGGGGGAAGGCAGCCACGCGCAACAGCAUGCCUGGCCUUGUCAAUGCUGCCUCUGCUGCAUUUGCAAUAAAAUCUGCACUCCGGAGGGA